UGCAGCCAUAUUGCCGCGCUUCGAGUUCAGCAGAGGGGAGUAUCCGCGGCUGCAGCCUUGCCAUAGAACCAUCUCAUCUCAAAUCCCACUUGCUCUGGAAGGCACUGUGGAAACGUCAUCUCGUAGGCUAUCCGAGGUAUUUGGAAACCAAAGGUACAGCUCCGCGCACAGACCCAGGAGAAGGAAACAAAAAUGCCUAAAGCUGUCAAUGUUCGCGUCACCACCAUGGACGCUGAGCUGGAGUUUGCCGUUCAGCCCAGCACCACUGGCAAACAGCUCUUUGACCAGGUGGUAAAGACCAUUGGCUUGAGGGAAGUCUGGUACUUUGGCCUUCAGUAUAUGGACGCCAAAGGAUACCAUACCUGGCUGAAGCUUGACAAAAAGGUGUCGUCCCAGGACGUGAAGAAGGAGAACCCGCUGCAGUUCAAGUUCCGCGCCAAGUUCUUCCCCGAGGACGUCUCUGAGGAGCUGAUCCAGGACAUCACCCAGAAGCUGUUUUUCAUGCAGGUGAAGGAGGGCAUCCUGAGCGACGAGGUCUACUGCCCCCCAGAGACGGCCGUGCUGCUGGCCUCCUACUCCGUCCAGGCCAAGUUCGGAGACUUCACCCGGGACCUCCACCGGCCCGGCUACCUCACCUCAGACCACCUGCUGCCCCAGCGCGUUCUGGAGCAGCAUAAGUUGUCCAGGGAGCAGUGGGAGGAGAGGAUCCAGGUGUGGCACGAGGAACACCGUGGAAUGCUCAAAGAGGAUGCCAUGCUGGAGUACCUGAAGAUCGCCCAGGACCUGGAGAUGUACGGCGUCAACUACUUUGACAUCAAAAACAAGAAGGGGACCGAGCUGUGGCUGGGUGUGGACGCCCUUGGACUCAACAUCUACGAGAAGGAAGACAAACUGACCCCGAAGAUUGGCUUCCCCUGGAGCGAGAUCAGAAACAUCUCCUUCAACGACAAGAAGUUCAUCAUCAAGCCCAUUGACAAGAAGGCCCCGGACUUUGUGUUCUACGCCCCUCGCCUGCGCAUCAACAAGCGCAUCCUGCAGCUGUGCAUGGGCAACCACGAGCUGUACAUGCGCCGCCGCAAGCCAGACACCAUCGAGGUGCAGCAGAUGAAGGCCCAGGCCAGCGAGGAGAAACACCAGAAACAGUUGGAGAGGGCCCAGCUGGAGAACGAGAAGAAGAAGAGGGAGGCCAUCGAGUUAGAGAAGGAGCAGAUGGAGAGAGAGAAGCAGGAGCUAAUGAUGAGGCUCUACCAGUUUGAGGAGAAGACCAAGAAGGCAGAGAAAGACCUGCAGGAGCAGAUGCAACGUGCCAUGCAGCUGGAGGUGGAGAGGAGGAAGGCGGAGGACGAGGCUGCCCGCCUGGAGGCUGAGCGUCAGGCCGCCCUGCUGGCCAAGGAGGAGCUGGCCCGUCACGCCCAGGACCAGAUGCACAACCAGGAGCAGCUGGCCGCGGAGCUGGCCGAGCACACGGCUAAGAUCGCCCUGCUGGAGGAGGCCAAGAGACGCAAGGAGGAAGAGGCCGACACAUGGCAGCACAGGGCCCAGGAGGCCCAGGAAGACCUGCUGAAGACCAAGGAGGAGCUGCACAUGGUGAUGACGGCUCCUCCUCCGCCGCCCCCUCCCCCCAUGUUUGUGGAGGUGCCCAUGUUCGUGGACAACCACGAGGUGACGACUCCGGCGGAGGAGCAGAACGACCACGACAGCGAAGAGAACAACAGCACAUACAGCGCCGACCUGCAGAACGAGGGCUUCCACGACCACCGCCUGGAGGAGGAGCGUCUCACUGAGACCGAGAAGAAUGAGCGUGUGCAGAAACAGCUUAUGGCCCUGAGCUCGGAGCUGGCCCAGGCGCGUGACGACACUAAGCAUACCCAGAACGACUUGCUCCACACAGAGAAUGUGCGCGCCGGCCGGGACAAGUACAAGACCCUGCGGCAGAUCCGAUCGGGCAACACCAAGCAGAGGAUUGACGAGUUUGAGGCCUUAUAAGAGGGCCCUUUCUUCCUAGGCCACGAGGGCCUCACAGCCACGUACCCUUUCUGAAUAGUGUCUGAACUCAUCCCCUCCACUGCUACACACACACACGCAGACACACACACACACACGGAGACAGACACACAUGCACGUGAGUGCACAAACAUUUGACAUUCUAGUCAUUUAGCAGACGUCCUUAUCCAGAGCGACUUACAUUUAGUGAAUUCAUCACACCUACAAGAGCAGUAUGAAGAGUGAGUGACACACUUUUACUACAGUAGUUACUCCUUAGCUCCCUAACUUCUUUAAUAAACUGUCAGGGGGGGGGGGGGCUUUUCAAAUUCGUGUGUGAAAAUUUACUAGUGCCAAAACUUCUUUACCUUUAGCAUAACAAAUCUUCUUUGUGUUUUGAUUGUAAUGUAAUUUGAUGCGAUCAAAUCAAUCACCAUUGUUUUUAACCAAAGGUGAGAUAAUGAGUAGUGGCACUAAACCCUCACUUUUGAUGUUUCUUAAAUGUUGUGUGAAUGUUGAAAAAGGGCAAUAUGUUGUUUUUCAAAGGGAUCACUCGGAAAGGGGGAAAAUACAGUAUAAUGGAACUUUUACUCUUACUCUCAAAAGUGUACUAUGUUCUGUUUUUCCAUUGUUUUGAACACUUCAUUUAGGUUUAAUAUUGUAGCUUGCAAAUCAUGAAUAGUUUAAUAUUUAUACGGUAUAUGGAUCAUUUAAUCUUGGUUUGUAUAUUUUUGCUAUUCUAAUGAUCAUGAGAACAUUAUACAUGUAUCAAAGGUUCUAUAUCGACCAAAAUAAUUGUUUCAUAAGGUUUUCUUUUAGAUCAUUAAAUUAAAGAGAUUUAUUUGUAUAUUAUUACAACUUUUUCUUCUUAAUUGGCUGCAUUGGACCUUUUUAUCUCAAAAUCAAAUUAUUUCUGGGUAUCAAUUAAGACUGUUUUAAAUUAAUAUGAUCAAAAAUAGCAAUUUCUCAAGCAACAAUUUUGCUAGGACUGUCUGGGAGUGGUCUGAGUGGAGACCGAAAACUAGCUUUUGGUUUGGAACUCUUUCUUAUUGGUCUAUUAACUAAUUUACUGCAUGGUGAUGUCACCAUGGAAAGGCCAAAGCUCCAUCCCAACAAAUUAGGCUGUAAUUUCAGAUGGUCUUUUCAAACUGCUUUUACACUAAAAGGGUAUUAUCAUUUUCACAGUAUUAUUCCAACCUCCGUGUGGAAAUAUAUAUUUAAAACACAGGGAAAUCACAUUUGACUGCACUGGGCCUUUAAUUAAAUAUUCGGUUGCAUGUGAUCAAAUCAGGAUAAGGAGAUCCUAGAUUUUUGCCAUGCAGUUCACGGUAGCUAGCAGAAUUUCCGAGGCAUAGAUGCAUCUUCUCCAGGAGCACUGUGCUUAUACAAAAACAUUUACAUCUAUCAUUUUUCCCCCUUUUGUUUCCAAUCACGUCACUCUUUAAGUGAGGGAUGAGAGGAUGACAUGUUUUUAGUCAGUAUGUUAUGACAUCACCCAAAACUGGUUGCUGCAAUGUCAUUACAACCAGAAACUAGUUGAAAUUAAGUUGACAUUUCAACCUUUUCAGCAAAUGGUGGCGGCUGUAACCCCAAUAGAGGCCUUUUUUCUAUUGGAUGUUCCACUUGAGGCUUCAGUCCCAUCUCGCCAUUGACUCUUCUUUCUCUGGAUGUGUACUAGACUAGUUAUUACUGACCUUGUAACCGAUGACGAUGCACAAUGCUGCUGCUGUCCUUUUAUUUAACCUGGAUUUUAUAACGAGGUGUUCAACAUAUUGGCAAUAAAGAUUAUGAUUACAGCGUC